ACGUACCUCUUCAACAUCCACAACCUAACUGUUCGGCGACAGCUCUUCAUCCUUUCAUCCAGCGUACUCGCCAAGUUUUCUUCUCGUGUUGAGAUCUUCAUAUCACAUACAGUCUCCUCUGUGCCACAGGUCGUUCGAAAUCUCAUAUUCAAGACCUUUGGUUUCGUAAAACCAGUUUAUAAUAUCGAAGGAGUUGUCAUCACUUUAUCUCCAGAAUGGCGCUCGAUAACUACUAUCACAAUAAAAUCGAGAGCAUGAAGCUCGAGAUUAUUCAAGGGCAAGCGGUGCUACGGAGAUUGGAAGCACAGCGUAAUGACUAUAACUCGAGGGUGCGGUUACUUCGGGAGGAACUGGGCUUACUCCAACAGCCUGGCUCCUACGUCGGCGAGGUAGUCAAGGUAAUGAGUACCAAAAAGGUACUCGUGAAAGUACAUCCAGAAGGGAAAUAUGUGGUGGAUAUUGCAGAUGGUGUCGACAUCAGCAAGCUAACUGUAGGCAAACGAGUCGCCCUACUUUCCGACUCUUACAAACUGGAAAAGAUGCUACCUUCCUCUGUUGACCCUCUUGUAUCUCUUAUGAUGGUUGAGAAGGUUCCGGAUAGCACGUACGACAUGAUCGGUGGUCUCGAUCAACAAAUCAAGGAAAUCAAAGAAGUUAUUGAACUUGGCCUGAAACAUCCGGAGCUGUUCGAAUCUCUUGGCAUCGCGCAACCGAAAGGUGUUCUUCUGUAUGGGCCACCGGGAACUGGUAAAACUCUGCUUGCUCGAGCAGUUGCCCACCAUACGGAUUGUCGAUUCAUUAGGGUCAGCGGUUCGGAAUUGGUGCAGAAGUAUAUUGGUGAGGGUAGUCGUAUGGUGCGCGAGCUGUUUGUGAUGGCUCGGGAGCACGCGCCGAGCAUCAUCUUCAUGGACGAGAUCGACAGCAUUGGAUCCAGUCGCAUAGACUCAGCAGGCUCGGGUGACUCAGAGGUGCAGCGUACGAUGUUGGAACUGCUCAAUCAAUUGGACGGUUUCGAGCCUACAAAGAACAUCAAAAUUAUCAUGGCUACGAACAGGCUGGAUAUUUUGGAUCCGGCCCUGUUACGUCCGGGACGGAUCGACCGGAAAAUUGAAUUCCCCCCGCCAUCGGUCGAGGCUCGCGCUGAUAUUUUGCGAAUUCACUCACGAUCAAUGAACUUGACGCGUGGUAUCAACCUAACGAAGAUUGCAGAAAAAAUGAAUGGAUGCUCUGGUGCGGAGCUAAAGGGUGUAUGCACUGAGGCAGGCAUGUACGCCCUUCGAGAGAGGCGGGUGCAUGUUACGCAAGAAGACUUUGAUCUGGCUACGGCCAAGAUUCUCAACAAGCAUGACGAUAAGGAGGUUGCUGUUUCCAAGCUUUUCAAGUAGACAUAGCAAGACUGAAGAAUGGAAGCGGCCUGAUAAUAGAUCGAGCCUAUUGCAUAAGCAAGAAGCGUGUAACACCAUUGCUACCAUCCCGAUUCUAUUAAAUAAAACUCAGCAAAGUAAUCCAACUGGC